AUGGCUAUCAAACUCCCCAAGAUCUAUAACACCUACUUCGUGGCCUUCAUUGCCACAGUGGGGGGAAUGCUCUUCGGGUUCGAUAUAUCGUCUAUGAGCGCCAUCAUUGGGACGAAGCAAUACAAUGACUACUUCAACAAGCCUGCAGGUGUCACGCAGGGAGCUAUCGGUUCAGCCUUGGCCGCCGGAUCGGUGGUGGGCUCCAUCAUUGCCGGUCCAGUGUCGAACAAAAUCGGUCGGCGAGACUCGGUCAUGUUCGCCGCUCUCUGGUGGCUGGUCGGGACUGCCGUUCAGGCGGGAACGAGCGGUAUCGGUUCGCUGAUCGCCGGCCGUGUCUUGAACGGUGUCUGUGUUGGCAUCACCAGUUCUCAGGUGCCCGUAUAUCUUGCUGAGAUCUCUCGCAAAGAGAAGCGCGGUGCCAUCAUCGUCAUCCAGCAACUAGCCAUUGAAUGGGGCAUUUUGAUCAUGUACUUCAUCGGCUAUGGAUGCAGUUUCAUUCCUGGCUCGGCCUCCUUCCGGACUGCCUGGGGCAUUCAAUUUGUGCCCUGUGUCUUCCUCAUGUGCGGGCUGCCGUUCCUUCCCCGUUCACCUCGAUGGUUGGCCAAGGUCGACCGGGUCGAUGAAGCCAUCCGGACACUCGCCAAUAUCCAAGCCAACGGCAAUGUCAACGAUCCCCUUGUUGUCGCAGAAUGGGAGGAGAUCACGGAAACCCUGGCCGCCGAACGAGCUGCUGCCAAAGGCUGGCGCAAGUUCGUCGUCAACGGCAUGUGGAAGCGAACCCUCGCCGGCUUUACCGUUCAAAUGUGGCAGCAGAACUCGGGCGCAAAUUGCAUCACUUACUACGUUGUCUAUAUUUUCAUGAUGGCAGGAUUGACUGGAAAUAUCAAUUUGGUGGCCUCGGGCGUCCAGUAUGCUCUUUUCAUCAUUUUCACCACCAUCAUGUUUUUCUACAUCGAUAGAGUCGGUCGACGACCUCUCCUAAUCUACGGGGCAUUGGCGAUGGGUGCGUGCCACUUUGUAGUGGGUGGCAUCUUGUCCGCAGGCCAGAAUGUUCCGGGAGGCGUGGGCGGCAAUCCCAAUGUUGUGAUCCGUGUGGAAGGAGCCAAGGCCAAUACGGUGAUUGCCUUCUGUUAUCUCUUGAUUAUUGUCUACGCCUUGACAUUGGCCCCGGUUGCUUGGGUCUACGCUGCUGAAGUCUGGAGUUUGGAGACGCGUGCCACAGGCAUGGGUAUUUCCGCCCUGGGCAACUGGCUGUUCAAUUUCGCACUUGGACUCUAUAUCCCUCCGGGAUUCCAAAACAUCAAAUAUGGCAUGUUCAUCACCUUCGGCUGCAUGUGUGUGCUCGCUGCGGUGCAGUUCUAUUUUACCUACCCUGAGACUUGCAACAAGUCAUUGGAGGAAAUUGAGGAAAUGUUCUCGCCCACUGGACCAAAGCCAUGGCACACCAAGCCUGGCCAGUCGAGACUGGACCGGCUGGUGGAUGUUGCUCGGGAGAAGCAAUAUACAGUGGAAGAUAUUCGCCAAAAGUCAGUCUCAGCCCAGCAAGGCACUCAUGUCGAAAUCGCCGAAGACAACGAGAAAGCCAUCCAGCAGCUCGGCCAGCAGUUUGAGGAGGCAGUCAAAACCGCGUGA